AUGGUCAGGGCCGCCGUCAAGGAGUGGGCUGACCGCAAGCGGGCAGCUGCACAACAGGCCUCUGAAGUGCCGGCGCCGCAAACGCCGCCCCCGCGGGCGGCGGCGGCGGCCACAGCCGCCGCUGCCUCGACCGCACAGGCCCCUGCUGCGACGCCGCCGGCGGCAGCGGCGCUGGCCUUGCUGCGCAGCGGCGACCCUCAGCGUGCUGCUGAGGGUGCGAGGAUGAUGGCCCUGCUAGCCUGUGGUGAUGGCCGCGAGGGGGUUGCCACGGAGCCCGGCGCCCUCGAAGCCAUAGUCGACGCGCUCUGCAGCCCUGUGACGGUUGAGGCUGCUGCGACGGCCUUGUCGGGGCUGCGCGUGGAUGGCACUGUGCUGCAGCAAGUCGCUGCAAUACCCGGCAUACUUCCGCGGCUGGCACUGGCAAUCAGCUGCACCAGCACAACACGCGGCGCUGCCUGGGCGCUGGGUUGGAUUGCCACGGCUGGCCCUGAAGUGCGGCACCAGGCUGUGUCCACACCUGGCAUGCUGCCUGCCCUCGCGGCGGCGGCGUGCCGGGACCCCACAGGCAUGGCGGUGUGGGCGUUGCACAAACUGACAGCGUUUGAUGAGGCAAACGUGAUCCUGAAGGUCAGGGCAGCCAGCGGCAUCCCAUCUGCGCUGGCUGCGGCACUGCGCAGCGGCGUCGCGUACGCAGCCAUGGUGCUUUCUAAGUUGGUUCAGCGCCCCGGCGAGCUGCGGAGCGACGCCUGGAAGGAUGCAGGCGUAAUACCGGCCCUGGUGGCAGCGCUUGGUCAUCCAAACGACGACACCGAGUACUUGGCGGUUCGUGCGCUCGUCUCUGUUGCAUGGCGCGGCGCGUCAUAUCGGGAGCAGAUUGGGGCAGCGCCUGGCAUCCUGCCUGCGUUGGCUACCCUCCUGCCCAACCCAAGGGUGGCAGAAGCAUGCGCGUCGACCAUCAGCUACCUAGCCAAAGACGGGGAUCGUAUCUCACAAGCUCUUGCCACAACUCCUGGCAUGCUUGCGGGACUUGUGGCGGCAGCGGGCAGGGAGGAGAGCGCCGGGUGGGCUGUGAGGGCGAUUGCAGCAAUAGCAGCCAGCAAGGCCGCCGCAGGGCACAUAGCACGCACACCUGGCGCGCUGGCCAUGCUGGCGGCGUUGAUCCCUGACAGGAUCGGAAACAGGUCUCGCAAAGCCGUUACGGCUGUCAAGCGGCUGGCGGGCUGUGAUGAUGUCACUGUGGUCCGCAUGGUGAUGGGAACCGAAGGCAUGAUGCAAGCCCUGGUGUCGGUGCUGGGCAGGCCUUCCAUAUCGGCCUCUGCUGCGAAGACGUUGAUGAUGAUGGCUGAGGCUGGGGAGGACUGUGCUGAUCAGGUCAUGGCUGCCCAUGCUGCGCUGCGUUCGACGCCAGCACGCACUUGA